AUGGACGACUACUCCUCUAUCGUAGCAAUGGCUAGCGCUACUGGUGCUGUUGGCGUCUCGCGUGCCACCGCGUCCGAGGUCGUGCUCCCUAUGACGGCAGUCAAGACGCGGCACGUCUUCACCGGCCGUCCGCUGCUCGACCGUCGCAUCGACGCAUACAUGGACAGGUUUGAGUCAGCCGGCCGCUUCCCGUGCGUCUUGCUGGAUGAAUGGGACAUGGACCCGCCCGCAACGCUGUGGGAGCGGGUGAUGAUGCAGUUCAUCAACACGGUCACCGACGAGCCGGGGUGGGAGACCAAGGUCUUCAACAGCCAAGACAUCGACAUUUUCAGGCGGGAUCGAGUCCUCCUCGCAGUGCGGAGCGAUAUGAGCGAUCUCAGCGGCGAGGUUCGGCCCACCGCCAGCGUCACUGGUUUCUCAGACGCCAUGUUUGACUGGUGCAUCUGGGAGCUGCAGCAAAAGGCCCAAGAGUCCGCGGCGGCGGGCGGCAUCACGAGGAUCUACGACGCCGAGGUCGCCGUCUUCAAGCAGGAUCUUGCUGAAGGCCUACGAGUCGACGUUGCCGACUCUCUGGCACCGCUAGAGCAAGAGGCCUUGACCGCAGAAGACAGCGUCAAGACGUGGCAGCCUGACCAGAAUGAGACCAACCUCCUGGUCGUCGCGCCGUCGAUGUACGCCUUCGAGUACGGCCGCACGCCCAUUGUCCGCGAUCGGGUCAUCACCCUCCAGGAGUGCCUCGACUCCAUCGGCGACGGCGAGCCCGUGGGCGAUCCCAACACGCUUCCAGAUAUCGAAUUGAUCCCCCAUUUCGCGAUGUCACGCCGCUUUCAGCUCCUUCCUGCCGAGGUAGAACUCGACUCCGAGGGCAAGGCGCACAUCACAAGCUACAUCAACAACAUCCACCCUGCGCACAGCGACGCUUAUCGCACGAUGGAGGGGCUACUCAACGCCACGCUCCCCCUCCUCGCCGCCGCAUAUGACAGCUUCCAAAGGAAACCGUGGACCCGAGACGAGCCUAACCCCCGGAGGUUCCAGGCCGACCUCUCGCGAUGUAGGGCGAACACCAUCUGCUCUGCAGCGUGGAGGAGGGACCUGUUGUCCGAGCUAGGCUGCAAGCCGAGCAACUACUGCACUGUGGGUCCGAAGAACGCUUCAGCGCAGGACGCCGAGAAGUGGUUUGAGCGAACCCACCCCCUCAUCCCACCGGAGCCCCUGGGAUCGAGCUACGACAAGCAACAGUUCCUGUCCGCCCAGCGAGCGGUUCCAUCCUCACCGGUGUCAGUCCUCGGCAACAGGCUCCAGAUCAUCGUCUCGGUGAGCAGCGUCCUCCUCACGCCCGAUAAGCCGCAGUUCCCAGGGAGCCAGUUCAACGUCGAAGGCCUCGUGAAUGAGCGGGUCAGUGCCGUCGGCGUCUACUGCUACGAAAGCGACAAUGUGACUGAGAGCCGGAUGUCGUUCGAAGCACCAGCCGUGUAUGACCCCAAGAUGGACGCGGGCAAUACCACAUUCCUGCACGGGAUUGGAGAGCCAAAAUGGUACGAGCCUGCCUCCUGGAUAUCCCUCGGCUCGGUGCCAGUGCGGUGCGGGCGUGUCGUCGCAUUCCCCAAUGUCUUUGGGCACCGCGAAGAGCCGUUCGAGCUCGUGGACAAGACACGCCCAGGCUCACGCAAGACAGUCACGAUCUGCAUCGUCGACCCCCUGACCCCCGUCCUCUCGACCGCCAACGUUCCCCCGCAGCAGAGUGCGUGGACCGAACACGGCUCCGAUGUUGAUUCUGAAUGGGUAGAUGUUGGGCCGGAGAUGUCCCACCGCACCUCGGAGGAGCUGUUGGAAGAGCGCCGAACCGCAAGAGGAAGGGUUCUGGCGGAGCGCUUGGAACAGGCCAGGUGGAUGCGUGAGCACAGAGAUGAGUCGCGCGCACAACUACAGUAG